AUGACCUUUUGCUCUUGGGGGAAAGAAGCGGUUAGCCCUCGGCUCUCGACCUGUGUGGCGGCAGGUGGAUUGCAGGUGCGCGUCCAAUGGGAGGAGGCGGCAGGAGAAGGAAAUGGAGGUGUGCUGAGCGCCUGUCACACGCGGGGCUCCUCAGCAUACUGCGCCCAGCAGUUCCCUGGGGUCGCAGCUACCAUUCAGCCCCAUUGCUCAGGUUGCAAAACUGAGGCUCCCGGAGGGAUGAGCCCGGCCUCCGUGACGUUGGCCAGUGUCCUGCAGGUCAGGGGCGAGGCUCUGGCCGAGGAGGACAUCUGGGCCCUCCUGUCCCUGGCCGCCGAACAGCUCCUGGAGGAUCUUUGCAAAGAUUCCUCGGACUACGUGGUGUGCCCCUGGUCGGCCCUGCUGUCUGUGGCCGGGAGUGUUUCCUUCCAGGACCGCGUUUCUCACUUAGAAGCUGCCCCUUUCAAGGCCCCUGAGCUGCUGCAGGAGCGGAGCAGGGACGAGCAGCUCGACGUGUCCCAGGUGCACGUCUACUCCCUAGGGAUGACUCUCUUGUGGUCAGCAGGGUUCCGCGUCCCACCCAAGCAGCCCCUGCAGCUGAGCGAGCCCCUGCACUCGAUCCUGCUGAGCAUGUGCGAAGAGCAGCCUGACAGGCGGCCGCCCUUGCCGUCGGUUCUGGAAGCGUGUCAGGCUCAUCAGGAAGCAGUGUCGGUGUACCCGGCCCCUGCCGGCCUCCACAUCCAGCGGCUGGUUGGCUUGGUUCUGGGCACCAUCUCUGAGGUGGAGAGGCGCUUGGUGGGAGAAAGCUCCUCCGUGCAGCAGAGCAGGAGCUACCUGCUCAGGAAGAGGCUGCAUCAGGCGAGCGGCGAGAGCCCGGCGGCUCAGGCGCUGGGGAGUCUGCAGCCUUGCAGAGUUUCAGAGAGAAGCACAGAGACCCAGAGCUCCCUGGAGCCUCAAUCGGGCAGCUCAGCACACAGUCAUGGCAGCCUCUCCGCUCACAGCGCUUCGGCAGGUGCGACGCCUCACGACGCCCAGGAGUGUCGACGGCUCAGCUCUGCGUCUGUGCUCUCGGGGGCAGCAGAAAUCACGCUGCCAGCAACUCCUUCUCACAAGGAUCUCCUGCAAAGAAACGGGAAGUUCUCCAGGCCUGAGUUUGUCCUGCUGGCUGCAGAGGCUCCGGUGCUGCUGCACCUGCCUGGAUCCGUUGUGACCAAAAAAGGGAAGUCCUAUUUGGCUCUCAGGGACCUCUGUGUGGUCCUGCUGAGCGGGCAGUGCCUGCAGGUGAAAUGUGACAUUGAGUCCACAGCAGGUGCCGUCUUCGAGGCCGUGGUGUCCUUCGCCCACCUUGGAGAGCUCACUUAUUUUGGCUUGGCUUACCUGAAAGGUGGAGAGUUCUUCUUCCUGGACAGCGACACCAGGCUGUGGGAAGUCGCCCCCGAGGGCUGGCGAGAGAGGCCCCAGCCCUCCGGGGACCCCUUCACGCUCUUUCUGAGGAUCAAGUUUUUUGUCAGCCACUAUGAGCUGCUCCAGCACAGCCUGACCAGGCAUCAGUAUUACCUGCAGCUGCGGAGAGACAUCCUGGCGGAGCGGCUGUGCUGUGACGACGAGACAUUGCUGCAGCUGGGGGUCCUCGCCUUGCAGGCGGAGUUUGGCGGUUACCCUAAGGAGCAGGGGGAGAGCAAGGCGUAUUUUCGAGUGGAAGAGUACCUCCCGGCGAGUCUGAUUGAGAGAAUGACGGCUCUCCGGGUCCAGGUGGAGGUCUCCCAGAUGCACCGGCUCAGUUCUGCACCCCGGGGAGAGGACGCUGAGCUGCAGUUCUUGAGGGUCGCUCAGCAGCUCCCGGAGUACGGUGUGCUGGUUCACCGCGUCUUCCCAGAGAAGAAGAGGCCAGAGGGGGACACGGCCCUGGGGGUCUGUGCCACGGGAGUCGUGGUAUAUGCAGUGAAGCCCCACGGCAGGACUGCAACCCUAUGGCUUCCGUGGAGAGAGACGGGGAAGAUUUCCACCUGCCGAAAGAAGUUCAGCAUCACUAGCAGCGUCACUGGGAAAAAGCACACGUUUGUCACCGACUCCGUGAGGACCUGUAAAUAUCUGCUGGGCCUCUGCUCUGCACAGCACGGGUUCCACGCCCUGAUGGGCUCUGGACAGUCUCCCCAGGUGGCAACGGAGCCAAGUAAGUCUGUGCAAAUCGCCUGUCUGAGUCCUGCCCACCAGCGCCCAGCCCAGCCCAAGCCUCUCAGUUGGAUUCAGAGAUUGUCGUGCUCAGAACACGAGCUGUUCAUGCCUGGGCUGCCAGACACCACGGGAGGUAUGCUAAGCACAUCCCUGGACAACUUCAACGUGGGAACCAGCAAGGACGUGGGGCCCGAGGGAAUCAGAGGCAGCCUCUGCCAUGGCCCGGAGCUGCCACAGGAUGCCCGAUUCACUAAGAAGCCAGCGACUUUUGACCAUCUCCCGGGGCUGCCUGUUUGGAGCCUGAGCAGCGGGUCACAACAUAACUGGAGAGAGAGCUUUGCAGCUGAACCAGGUCGAGAAGUCGUGUGUGUGACCCUGAGGCGCGAUCCACUCCGUGGUUUCGGUUUCGUCAUUAAGGAAGGAGAAGACACAGGCCAUGCCGACCCUGGCAUUUUUGUAUCUGCUAUUAUCCCAGGGGGACCAGCAGAAAAAGCAAAAACGAUCAAACCAGGAGGGCAGAUACUGGCCUUGAAUCGCAUCCGUCUGCAGGGUUUCACGUUCAGCAUGGCGGUUAGAAUGAUUCAGAAUUCUCCCGACACCAUCGAAUUGAUCAUCUCUCAGUGUAAAGGUGUUUGCAGAAAUACCCCCGGCGAAGACAAGAACAGCACAGCUGAUGCUGCCGUCUUUUCUACAGACUUCCUGAGCCACGGGCACCAGGGGCGUUUGCCGUCACACUCACAAGAUCAGACCAGAAAUGUUGGCGAACUGGAACUAGCUCAGGAGCAGAGUGUGAUGUCCAGGCUGGGGUCUCAGCUCUCGUCUCUGCCAGUAAAGGGUGCUGGUUCCUCUCGUUCUCCAUCACCUUCAGAAACGAGUGCUGGUGGAAUCUACUUCGUGGAGCUGGUGAAAGAAGAUGGGACCCUUGGAUUCAGCGUGACUGGUGGCGUUAACACAAGGGCGCUCUACGGAGGCAUCUACGUGAAAUCCAUCAUUCCGGGGGGGCCUGCUGACAAGGAAGGGCAGAUCCUGCAGGGUGACCGGCUCCUGCAGGUGGAUGGCAUGAGUCUGUGCGGCCUCACCCACAAGCAGGCUGUGCAGUGCCUCAAGGGCCCUGGCCAGGUGGCCAGCCUGGUCUUAGAGAGAAGAAGCGCCAGGCCCGCACAGCAGUGUCCUUCUGCUAAUGACCGAACGGGAGAUGGACAGGCGGCUGUUUCCUUGGUAACAGCCGUGCCUGGCAGGCCCACGAGCUGUGUCUCGGUGACAGAUGGUCCCCAGUUUGAAGUCAAACUGAAAAAGAACACCAACGGUUUGGGCUUCAGCUUCGUGCAGGUGGAGAGAGAGAGCUGCAACCACUCCAGCAAUGAUCUCAUGAGGAUUAAGAGGCUCUUCCCAGGGCAGCCAGCUGAGGAGCACGGGGCCAUCGCCGUGGGUGACAUCAUCCUGGCAGUGAACGGAAGGUCCACCGAAGGCCUUGUCUUCCAGGAGGUGCUCCACCUACUGCGAGCCGCCCCAGAGGAAGUCACACUCCUCCUGUGCCGACCCCCAACAGGUGCACUGGCUGAUGUGGAGCCUGGCUGGCAGACACCUGUACCCUCGGCAGACGAAGAAUUCACCAGGGCAGCAUGUACUGACUCAGAGCAGAGCCCCAGUCUGGAUCGGGACGAGCGCUGGCGGGACAGCACCUCCCCAGACACGGGGGAAUGCCUGCGUCUCACGGCAGAGCCGUUCCAAAAGGCUCUCAGAGAGGUGCAAGGGGGCCAAGGCAGAGAGAGGCCCUGGGCCAGCUCCUUGACACAUGCCCCGGAGUCCCAACCUCACUUAUGCAGACUUCGCCGAGACAAGGAGGCACCACCAAUGCCUACCGCAUUGGAAAGGGACAUGAGGCAGCACUGCUAUUCUGUUUGUGACCUCCGGAGACUUGGGAGAUUUUCCUUUUCAUCCUCUCUAACCAGACUUGCCAGCGGUCUUUUCUGA